UUGACACAAAUGGAACACGCUAUAAAGUUCGCUGUGCUGACCCUCGUGUCCUCAACCUCAUCCUUCUUCCUUCCUCCUCACUGCACAAGGCCACGCUAGUCCAACAUGGCUAGUACAUCCCUAUUCUAUUCCCUACCAGCGUAGAGAGGGAGACGCAGACGUUGCAGUAGCAGUAGAGCCAACGCGACACUGCUUGUGUGCUCUACCCCCUUUGCGAGGACAAGCCGGAGUCUCACAAGUCUCGCUAUCCUGGAAUCCUCCUCAGCACGACGCCAGACCGCCUGCCUGUUGUCGUCUGCGGCGCGCCGCCCGCCCGCCGCCCCGGCCGGCCGCUUCGGGAUCCCCAGAGCAGCUCUUUGGCAUAGGGGAAUGUCCCGGGUCAGCCACCGUCGCUUCUGCAGCACAGCGAAAGCACCGCAUUUAUUUGCCACCUAGAAGGGGCACACCUCGCGAGAGACCCAGCAGCGCCAGGCCAGACACAGCCAGCAGCACUCCAGCAGCAAUGGCUGCUGCUGCUGCUCCUAUAUAGCGGGCGCCGGGGCCGGGGCCGGGGCCGGUGCUCGAUCCAGUUCUGACUUCUGACUUCCUUCCCGACCGAGGAGGAGUGGUGUGCUGUCCGUUUCCUGUUCGUGUGGCGAUGAGGCCCGCUGGCGGUUGUUGCCGCCGCGGCGGCGGGCUGCUGGUUCUCGGCCUCGCGCUCUCGCUCUCGGCGGCGCUGCUGCUGCGUGGCUGCGCGGGGCAGCAAGCCGAGGACGACGGCUCGGCGGACGCCCCGGCGGCGGCGGCGGCGGCGGCGACGGCCCCCAUGGAGGAGAAGGAGCGCCGGGCCCUGUACGCCGCCAUCGAGAGCUUCGUCGGCAAGGGGUGGAACGGCUCAGGGCUCUACCCCGACCCCUGCGGCUGGUCUCCCAUCCAGGGAGUGUCAUGUGAUCUCUUCAAUGGGCUGUGGUACCCAACGGUGAUGAGCAUUGGCCCAGUUCUUGACAACUCGCUGCAGUGCGCCCCUGACGCCAAGUUCAGCCCGCAGCUGUUCGACCUUCGGCGCCUCCGGACGCUGUCCUUCUACAGCUGCUUCCCGGCGAGCAACCCCACGGCCAUCCCGACCGCCGGCUGGGAGAAGCUGUCGGGGACGCUGGAGACGCUGGAGUUCCGCACGAACCCGGGCCUCACCGGCGGCAUCCCGCCCUCCCUCGGCCGCCUGGCCAGCCUGCAGUCGCUGGUGCUGGUGGAGAACAACCUGACGGGGCCCGUCCCCGCCGAGCUGGGCGCGCUGUCGAGGCUGAGACGGCUGGUGCUGUCCGGGAACGGGCUGUCGGGGCCGAUCCCGGCGACACUCGGUAAUAACAACGACCGCCGCCACCGCCACGCCCACGAUGACGAGCUAUUGAUCGUGGACCUGAGCAGGAACUCUCUAACCGGCUCUCUGCCUUCGUCACUAGGUGGCCUCACGGGGCUCCUGAAGAUGGACCUGAGCAACAACCUGUUGCAGGGCAGCAUCCCGCCGGAGCUCGCGGGGCUCAAGAGCCUCACGCUGCUGGACCUCCGCAACAACAGCCUCACCGGCGGGCUGCCGCAGUUCGUGCAGUGCAUGGCGUCGCUGCAAGACCUGCUGCUGUCGAACAACCCGCAGCUGGGCGGCGCGCUGCCGCAGUCGGGUUGGGAGACGCUGGCAGCGAACCUGGCCACGCUGGACCUGUCCAACGUCGGCCUCGUGGGCGCCAUACCAGCGUCGAUGGCGAAGCUGACGGGGCUCCGGUUCCUGGCGCUGGACCACAACCGCCUGACGGGCGCCGUGCCGGCCGAGCUCGACCAGCUGCCCAGCAUCGGCGCGCUGUACCUGAACGGCAACAACCUGACGGGGCCGCUGCAGUUCUCGCCGGGGUUCUACCAGCGGAUGGGCCGGCGGUUCGCGUCGUGGGACAACCCCGGGCUGUGCUACAACAUCGCGGCCGUGGACGCGGCGCACGCGCCGUCGGGCGUGGUCGUGUGCAAGGACCUGCAGGAGCCCAGCGUGGCGCGGGACGGGGACGGGGAGGAAGAGGGCGGGAGGAAACCCGAGGCGAGCUCCAGCCUCGUGGCCUCGUCGUCGUCCGGUGGGUUUGUUGGCAGUGUCGGUGGGCACUGGUACCUGGUGGUGGUUCAGGGAAUGGCGGCUGCGGUUCUUGGAUUGUUGUCCCAACUACUAUAGCAAGCAACAGGUUGAGACACUUCGAUGGAAUGGAAGAACAAGGAGAAACUUGGUAGGUUAGCACGAAUUAGUUUCUGCGUGUUGUUUUUGGUAGUUUUUUGACUGGUGGCUGUGCUUCUGCUAUGCUCAUCGUCAGAUGGGGCGGAAAAAAAAGAAGUAAACAUGAAUCUGGGUGGUGGCUGUGAGCCAGAUUGCAGUAGAGUAGGAGUAACUACUAGGAAAUGAGUUCUUUGUGGACUGAAGGUGUGUAGUGGUGGAUAUUGUAGCUUCUCUUCCCCGAGGGGCUUUUUUUUUUGUGUGUAAUUAGGCCAUCUUUAGAUGGUGAAGGAAAAAAAUUCUCGACACUUUAGCACUUUUGUUUGUUUGUGAUAA